AUGGCCGCCUGCAGCUUGAGGCGUUUCUCUGUGGUGGCGUUCAUCUUCUCUGAACCAUCCCCAAAUGGGCAGCUGCUGGGCCUUGAUGAAGGCGUCCUGCAGCUCUGCGGGCAGCACGGGCUCCGGAAGCUCCCGGAAGAACUGCUUCACCAGACAUGCCACGUCACAGGGGAGGGCGGUGGACAGGCACUCCUCUCCCGCGUCCAGUUUAGCCUGAGCAGACAAAACACAAAACACUCCCCUGUUAUCGGGUUCCCUCCGGCCCAGAGGGCUCUCGGUGGAAACAAGAUAAUCAGUCAAGUCCCGUCCGGCCAGAUCCAGACGCAUGAUGGCAUGUGGGAGAGCGUAACCCUCAUAGAUGGGGACAUUGUGGGUUACACCAUCACCAGAGUCCAGCACAAUACCUUCAGCAAACAGAAGAGACAAGUCAAUAAGGAGGGUGGGGUGCUCCUCGGGGGCCACGCGCAGCUCAUUGUAAAAGUGUACCUGGUGGCGGGGCCUUCCAACAAUGGAUGGGAAGACAGCACGAGGAGCAUCAUCUCCAGCAAACCCAGCCUUGACCAAGCCAGAGCCAUUGUCGCACACAAGUGCGGCAAGCUGGCCAAUGUACUCACCAAGGUGCGCUGGUACACAGAUGCUUCCACUGGGACGAAGGCUCACGGCCCGGCAGAAUUACUACUGCCCCCUGGCGGCCGCCUUCAACAACGCAACGUGAUGACGUUUCACCUGCGACGCAGAAACGCAGCUCGCAACAGCCACGCGCCAGUCUCGGUGUUGUUGUGGUCGACAGAAGUGUCGCCGAAAUGCACACACUAUGACGAAACUUUGCCCCAGCGAGCUGUGAACCUGGACCUGUAA